AUGGCCGAUUUGGCAAAGCGCCAGGUUGGCUUCAGCACGGUUGGGGGUACUGUCUAUUCCGUCGUCUAUGUAACGGCGCAGCCAACCUUUACCGGCGUCAUCGGUGGCUACACAACACUCACCAGCGCGUCUGCGAAGUCCGCUUCAGCGGAGGCAACUUCGCCUACGCUCGAAUUCUCAACUGCACCGACGGAGACGGUGGUAGCACAAGACUCGUCCACGGCCGCCGCCAGUUCUAUCUUGGCAGCCACGACAUCCGUGGUGGCCUCUCCGACGACGGCCAACAACGUCUCCGGCGGCAGCAUUACUGGACAAUCUGUUGCGCCUGCUUCUGCCACAGCCACAUCUUCAGACAGUUCAAGCUCCUCGAGCAGUGGCAUGUCCACAGGUGCGAAAGCUGGUAUUGCAAUCGGCGUCAUCGGAGCGCUGGGCCUCUUCGCUGUCUUCUUGCUCUGGCUUUUAGGCAAGAAGCGAAGAGCGCGUGAAUCACAGGCCAACAAAGACAAUGAGAAAUCUACCUACGCCAACGGCCCUACUGCCACCGAGUUGGUCAACAGAAGCCCAACGGUGUCCAGUCCAGCCGCUCCUCGACUGAGUCUCCGACCGGUUUCUCGCAUGCUGCCAGAAUUCAUGGGCUCAGGAUCCAAGAGUAGAAUGAGUGGUGGUAACCUCCUGAACACCAUAGGAGAAACCGGAGCUGUUACUUCAAGAAAUCCGUCUCCCUCGCCUCAACCACGCGGCCCAAGUCCGACCCCGAAGCGCGCUGAGGUUCAAAAUCUUAGUAACCCCUUUGCGGAUCCUCAAAAUCCUUUUGCCGACCCGGAGAAGUCAAUACAACCUCCCGCGCCUGUGGCUGUCGCUCCAACUGCCCCAAAGCCUUUGUCCGCUAUCCCAGCCCCUAACGCGAAACCAGCUUCUGAACCACAGUCUGGUCAUGUCCCUGACUCACCGGCCGUUGAUAUACCAGCACCAGCGCCAGCAGCCGUGACCGCCCCAGAGCCAGCCAAGAACACAAUGGCUGUACCGGCACCUGAACAGACCUCCUCAGCUGGUCCUUCGACACCAGUUAGUGCUGCUCCAUCUCCAGCGGCAGCAUCUGGGCCUGAACCACCACAAGGCAAUGUUUUCCGUGUCUUGAUGGACUUCAAGCCUUCCAUGGACGACGAACUUGAAUUGAAGAACGGCCAGCUUGUCCGCAUGCUUCAUGAAUAUGACGAUGGCUGGGCUCUUUGUAUUCGACUUGACCGUUCCCAGCAAGGCGUUGUCCCUAGAACUUGCCUUGCCGCAAAACCAUCUAAACCGAAGCCAUCCCAUCUGAACCAGUAUGCCCGUCCUCAACCUGGACAAGGGCCGACGUCGCGACCAAUGUCGCCGGCUGGCGGUCCACCAGGCCGAGUAGUGCCGAAUUUUAACUCUCCGCGACCGGGUAUCCCACCUCAACGCCCCAUGAGUCCUGCAUCAAGGCCUAUGAGUCCUGCCGGCACCCCAAGACCCAUGAGUCCCGCUGGUUCACGAAGAGCAAUGAGCCCUGUUGGCAGACCCAUGAGUCCGGGUCACUUUAACCAAGCCCCUCGACCAUUGUCCCCGGGACCGCUACCACGCUCGAAGCGCAGCAUGUCUCCAGAUCCAUACGGAGGUAGAGGGCCAACACCAAUGGCAGUGGUCAACCGCCGACGAAGCAAUUCAGCCAGCAACUUCCGAGUUCGCCGUAAUUCUCCUGUCGGACCGUCGAAACUUGGCCCUGGCACCGGGAUCGCGUUGUAG